UCCAUAGGAAGUGUAUUAGGGAUACAAUUAAGAUUCUCAUAAGUAGUCUUCUACGAUCUCCUUCUUUGAGUUAAAUCCAUGUUUCAGGGAUAUUGAUCCGAGCUUCCGUUUCCUAAUGCGAGUUAACUCGUCAAUCUAUAUAGUUGGGUAACCGAAGCUUCGCCUUGACUACCCGGAGGAUUUCGGCGGCGGGUUGCAUUUCUUUCUCGAUUUUUCGACAUUCUAGCCUCUGAGAUCUUUGUUACUGCUGCUGGUACAACACAUGGAACAAAGCGAGGGAGAAGUCUUCUACGAGACGCGUUAUCAUGCGUCUAGACCAUGUUCUUCAAAUUACCCUCCCCGACCUCAACAGGUAAAUGAAGCUGGCAACCGGGGUUUUCUCUCAUUGCUUUCCCGCUCAGGUGUGGGUCAGCUCAAAGAAAAAUGGAGUGGAUACAGGAACAAGAAAAAGCUAAGGAAAUGGGUAUCUUUGUUUGUCUCCCCAAGGGGUGAAAGAGUAGCUGUAGCAAUGGGUAGCCAGAUCACAAUCUUGAACAAGAAUGAUGAUUAUCAUGAGCCUCAGGGCACUUUCACUAGUAGCAACAGCAACUCAUUCACCUGUGGCACCUGGUCAGAAUCUCAUGAUGUUCUUGGAGUUCUAGAUGAUCUCGGUGUACUCUAUUUUAUCAGAGCCAAUGGUGAAGAAAUAACAAGAAUUACAAGGGCUCAUUUGAAACCAUCUUUGCCAAUAAUUGGAGUCAUUAUGAUGGAUGGUGCUGACAUGGAGAAAUCUUGCUUGUGCAGUUUCAAUGUACUUACAUCAGAUGGUUCAUUACACGAAGUUGAGAUCAGUCAGGAUUUGCAUUCCUCAAUUUCUUCAUCAUCCACACUUCGUGAUGCAUCAUCUGCCUCAUCUUCGAAGAGGGGAUUCCCUGACAAUGUCAUCUGUGUCAAUUAUCAUACAGACUUGUCUUUGCUAGUAGUAAUUGGUGAUGGAGUUGGAGGCCCUAUGAACUCUGCCACUGGAACUUGUAGUCUCUCUCUAUGGAGAAGAAUCAGAAACUUUGAUCUAGAACCAAUUUUCUCCAUGCAAAUUGAAGGGUGGUAUUCCAAACCAAAAGGUUAUGUGGGUAAAAUAUCAUGUCCUAAGGUGUUAAUCUCACCUCAAGGGAAGUUUGUAGCAUCUCUUGACAUAAGGGGUUACUUGGUUAUUUUUAAGCUGGAUGAUGGCAGAUUCUCUCCUUUAAGUCAUCGUGGUGGGGAGAAGUUUGAUUCCUUUGGUCCAGGAGAUUCACUAGAUAAGGAAGGUCAAUCCUUAACUGACAUUGUGGAUUUUACUUGGUGGUCUGAUUAUGUGCUUGUUCUUUCUAGAAGAAGUGGAAGCAUCAACAUGAUUAGUACUUGUAGUGGUAUGAAAGUGUUGCAUAAUGAUCCAGUCUUCUCCAUGCCUAUUUUGGAAAGAGUUCAGCAUGUCCCAGGACAUGUAUUUCUUUUGGAAAUGAUACCAUCUCAAGAAAAAAGUGAUUUAUCUUCUAAGGUGGUAUUGAACACUGUGCAAGACAUAGAUUGGGUGAUUGAAGAUAAUAAUAGUCCACACAAUAUUGAUAAACUGCACUGGAACUUGGUUUCAUUCUCAAAAAGAUCUGUUUCUGAAAUGUUUGAUGUGCUAAUCAGCAGUCAGAAGUUUCAAGCUGCCCUGGAUUUUGCCAACUGCCAUGGUUUGGAGAAAGACAAAGUACUGAAGUCCCAAUGGUUGCACUCUGUACAAGGACUAAAUGAGAUAAAUACAUUCCUGGCCAGGAUAAAGGAUCAAGCUUUUGUACUAUCUGAAUGUUUGGAGAGAAUUGGGCCAACUGAAGAUGCCAUGAGGGCAUUACUUACUAUGGGAAUCAAACUAACAAACCAACAUGCAGAUCUUGAUUCAGACAUUAAUGAAAAUAGUCAAACUUGGGAAUUUUGUCUCGCCAGACUGAAAUUCUUACAAUUCAGAGACAAGCUGGAGACUUUUCUUGGUAUAAACAUGGGAAGAUUUUCCAUGCAGGAAUAUAGAAAAUUUCGUGUUGUGCCUAUCAGAGAAGCUGCUGUGACCCUUGCAGAAAGUGGGAAAAUUGGAGCCUUGAAUCUUCUUUUCAAACGUCAUCCUUAUUCCUUGAUGCCUUUCAUGUUGGAGAUCCUAGACUCAAUUCCAGAAACAGUGCCUGUGCAAUCGUAUCAGCAGCUUCUUCCUGGAAAUAGUCCUCCUCCAAUUGUUUCAUUGAGAGAGAAAGAUUGGGUUGAAUGUCAAGAAGUUGCAAGAUAUAUAACUCAACUCCCAGAGAAUCAUGAAAGAAAAACUCUGCUAAAAACUGAACCCAUUGUGAAACACUUCUUGGGAUUUUCGUGGCCAACAACAGAUGACCUAUCUUCAUGGUACAAAAGUAGGGCCAGUGAUAUGGAUAGCUUAAGUGGGCAACUGGAUAACUGUCUUUGUUUGGUAGACAUUGCUUGCAGCAAGGGUAUUCCUCAGCUCAAGCACUUCUAUGAGAAUAUCUCUUACUUACAUCAUCUUAUCUAUUCUGAUACUACCAGCGAUGAAGCAAGUUAUACCAUGAGUCUUGCUGCCUGGGAACAACUAUCAGAUUAUGAGAAGUUCAAGAUGAUGCUUACGGGGACCAAGGAAGAAAAUGUGGUUGGGAGGUUACGUGAGAAAGCAAUUCCAUUUAUGGAGAGCAGGUGUCAUACAAGAUUGUCAGUUUCUGAAGAUGCAGUAUCAGGAGAGCAUGCCAAUGCUGAUGUGCAGACUGAUACAUUUCUGGUUACCUGGCUGAAGGAGACUGCUUCAGAGAACAGAUUGGAUUUAUGCUUAAAGGUUAUUGAAGAAGGUUCCAUAGAGUUUCAGGAUAAUAUUUUUUUCAAGGAUAUGAAUGAAGCUGUAGAUUGUGCUCUGCAUUGCAUUUACUUGUGCACCGUUGCAGAUAAAUGGACUACAAUGUCCUUGAUUUUAUCAAAGCUUCCAGAAAUGCGAGAUUCUGAUACAUAUACUCGGAGACUCAAGAAAAGAGUUAAACAGGUGGAAGGCCAUAUUGAAUCGGGAAGAUUAUUGUCAUUUUACCAGGUCCCAAAGACAAUUGGUUAUUUUCUGGAGGAACAUUCAGAUGGAAAGGGUGUAAAACAGAUUCUUCGCCUUAUACUUUCUAAAUUUAUCCGUCGGCAGCCUGGACGUUCAGAUAGCGAAUGGGCAAACAUGUGGCGUGAUUUUCUAGUUUUGCAGGAAAAGGCUUUUCCUUUUUUGGAUCAAGAAUAUAUGUUGAUGGAGUUCUGCAGGGGUCUGUUGAAAGCUGGUAAAUUUUCACUUGCUAGGAACUAUUUAAGGGGCACUGCUUCAGUUCCUUUGGCCACAGAAAAGGCUGAAAACAUUGUCAUCCAAGCAGCAAGAGAAUAUUUUUUCUCAGCUUCAAGUUUGUCUUGCACAGAAAUCUGGAAGGCUAAAGAAUGUCUGAGUCUCUUACCAAGUAGCAGAAAUGUCAGGGCAGAGGCUGAUAUUAUUGAUGCAUUAACUGUGAAACUCCCUAACCUUGGGGUUAGCAUUUUACCAAUGCAAUUUAGACAAGUAAAAGAUCCUAUGGAAAUCAUAAAGUUAGCUAUUACAAGUCAAGUAGGAGCUUAUUUAAAUGUCGAUGAACUUAUUGAGAUUGCUAAACUUCUUGGAUUGAGCUCUCAAGAUGAUAUAUCAGUCGUUCAAGAAACUAUUGCAAGAGAAGCAGCUGUUGCUGGUGAUCUUCAACUGGCUUUCGAUCUGUGCAUUAUCCUUGCCAAAAAAAAUCAUGGUCCUAUCUGGGACCUCUGUGCAGCAAUGGCAAGAGGUCCUAAUAUGGAAAACAUGGACAUUACUUCCAGAAAGCAGCUUCUUGGUUUUGCUUUGAGCCAUUGUGAUGAAGAGUCAAUUGGUGAACUGUUGAAUGCGUGGAAGGAUCUAGAUCUUCAAGGUCAAAUUCAGAUGUUGACGGCACUUAGUAAAAAAGAUUCCCCAGGAUAUGCUUUUGGUGGUGCAUCCGCAGCUUUUCCUUCUCAUAGUCCUCUGAACCAUCAACUAAAUCAUAGAGAAUACCUUGAACUUGCUAAUACAAUGAGUUUUAGUGAGCAAGAAUCAAGCAUCACAAACAUGGAGAAGGCGGUGGCAUCUGUAGCCAAAGAUUUUCCCUUGGACAGAAGGCAAGAUUGGGAAACUCUCCUCAGUGAAAAUGCAAGUUUUUUUUCUUUUGCUUCCGUACAACUGCAGUGGCUGCUUGAAUUAUGUGCACAAGCAGGACAAAGUGGAAAAGUGUUGACCAACUCAGAGCCAGGAAGGCAAGACACUAAUGUAAAAGUACAAGCUUUAGUCACAAUCUUAUCCUGGUUGGCAAAACACAAUCUCACUCCCAAGGAUGAUCUGAUUGCAUCAUUAGCUAAAUCUUUCUUAGAGCCACCAGCUACUGAAGAAGAAGACAUUAUGGGAUGCUCAUUUCUCUUAAAUCUCUUGGAUGCCUUCGGUGGAGUGGAAAUAAUAGAACAACAAAUGAGAACAAGAGAAGAAUAUGAUCAAAUAUGUAGUAUUAUGGGUGUAGGGAUGAUUUAUGGUGUAUUACACAAUGCAGCAGUUAGGUGUGAGGGUCCUAUGCAGAGGAGGGAGCUACUGCUGAAGAAAUUCCAGGAUGCGCACAGGCCAGUUAGUUCAGGUGAGCUAGAGAAAAUUGGAGGAUUUCAGUCAUCGUUUUGGAGAGAUUGGAAACAGAAAUUAGAAGAGCAAAAGCGUAUAGCUGAUCAUUCUAGAGUGUUGGAGCAACUGAUUCCUGAUGUUGAUGCUUCGCGCUUUUUGGCCAAGGACACCAAUUAUAUUGAGACUGUUGUGUGCGCUUUAAUUGAUUCUGUUAAAUUGGAAAAGAAAGUUACUUCAAAGGAUCUUCAGAAAUUAGCUUAUACCUAUGACUUGAACCUCAACAAGGUCUUACUACAGUAUACGAGCUCCAUACUUGUUUCUGAAGUUUGGACCAUUGACGAUGUUACUACUGAAAUUUCAGAGUUUAAGAGCAAAAUUCUCGAUUAUUCUGCAGAAACCAUCAAUACAAUCUCAUUGCAUGUAUAUCCUGCCAUAGACGGACACAAUAAGCAGCGACUUGCCUAUAUUUAUGGCCUUCUUUCCGACUGUUGUUUGCAGGUAGACGACGUUACGGUUUUAUUGCCCAUGCUCCAUCCAGAUCAUUCUUCAAUGAAUUUUGGUUUAGCUAAUUUUUACAGAAUUAUGGAGCAAGAAUGUAACAGGGUGUCCUCUAUUAAUAAUUUGAAUUUCAAAAACAUUGCUGCAUUAAGUGGUUUGAACAUGAAGAGUUUCAGCACUGAGGUAUAUGCUCAUAUAGAUGAACAUAGUGUGGAGGCAUUGACAAUAAUGGUUCGAAAUCUUGUCAGUAUCUAUGGGGAUCCAGUUAAGGAAGAAGGUCUUAUAUCAUGGCAAAGUGUCUACAGACACUACAUCCUCCAUGUGAUAACAACACUUGAGCUUAGAGCUAAAAGUGAAAUCCAGUUUGAAACCCCUGAGAAGCUUCACGGUUUCAUUGAUGAGCUCGAGCUGGUCUACGAAAAUUGCAGAAAGUAUUUGGAGGACAUGGGGUAUUCUGGUAAUUUCGACAUGAUUAUGCGUUUCUUCACUGUAGUUGCCGCCGAUAGUGACUCCGAAGGGUAUAUAACAAACGAUCCAAUAUGGAAUGAUUGUCUUAUCUCGUUAUUGAAGUUUUGGCUCCAAGUAAUUGGAAACGCAAAGAGCUCUACGCCCUAUAAGACACCUGAGGAGAACUGUGGUGUAGAAUUUCUGAUGUCAUCCCUUCAGGUUUUCGUUAGGCUGGUUGAAGAGGGAAGGGUCUCGCCGGUUCAGGGCUGGGGCACUAUUUUCAGAUUCGUUAGCCAUGGCUGCCUCACUGGUGAAUUCACCAACUCUAUACUCGUAAUAUUCUGCAGAGGAUUGGUUUUCUCCGGUUGUGGUUUUGGUGUUGUUGAAGAAAUAUAUUCUGAAGCAGUAUCGCAGUUUGAUAAUAAUAAUACUAGCACGACCCUUGCUGAACUCUAUUCUGAUAUCCUGGAAAGUCUUUUGUUGGAUUUGGCAGCUGGAUGUCACGUGCAAGACAAUCUACACUCAUUGCUUUCCUCUUUGAGUAGAAUGGAGGGAAAUCUAGAGAAUCUGAAGAGUGUAAGGCAUUCGAUUUGGAAUAAAAUGUCCGAGUUCUCCGAUAACUUGGAGUUACCAAGCAAUGCUCGUGUCUGCGCUCUCGAGCUUAUGCAAUUCAUUACAAAAGCUUCAGAUCCACCACAAUCAUCCAAUGCUGUUCUCCCGUGGGAAGGAUGGGUCGAUUUGAAGAUAACCACACAAAACCGGACAAACUCGCAGGGGAUUUUAACAGAUACCUUAGUUGCAUUAAAGUCGUCGCAGCUUCUUAAAUCCAUGUCUCCAAAUGUAGAAAUCAGUGCAGAAGAUCUCUCUUCAGUAAAUUCAGCAGUUUCUUGUUUCUCGAAACUAUGUGGUGAAGUGACUUCAGAAUCUCAUGUUGACACACUUCUAGCAAUUUUGGCUGAGUGGGAAGGGCAUUACGAUGUAGGAUCAAAUCAUACUACUGAACCGACUGAUUCUGGCUGGGAUGAUGACGGAUGGGAAAGCUUUCCAGAAGAAUCAAACCAUAACGAAUCGCUUCUCCAUCCUUUGCACCUUUGUUGGCUGGAGAUCUUGAAGAUAUUAGUCAAGCAGUCCCGUUUUAAAGACAUAAUAACAGUAGUAGACCAAUCCAUAUUGAAACCUAACGGUAUGUUACUUAAUCAAGACGAUGCCGACUGUUUGAGUAAGAUUGCACUGGAGGUAAACUGUUUUGCAGCUGUAAAGAUUGCGCUAUUAUUUCCUUAUGAAACGAUAUCGCUCCGUUGUUUAGAUGCGGUUGAAGAAAAACUUAAGCGUGAUGGCAUACAAGAAACAACUUGGAAAGAUCACGAGUUCUUGGUUCUUACAUUGUCUUCUGGGAUUAUAUCAACGAUUAUCUCCAAUCCUAAAUAUGGUUCUGUUUUCUCGUAUAUUUGCUAUAUGGUCGGAUAUUUCUCUCGACAGUGUCAACAAGCGAAGUUGAAAGGGGAAGUUGAGGAGAACCAAAAUAUUGAGAAAGACGAAAUUCCUAUUUUCAGAAUGAUUAUCUUCCCGUGUUUUGUCUCUGAGCUUGUGAAGGCAGAACAAAAGGUUUUGGCGGGAUUUCUUGUUACAAAGAUUAUGCAUGCAAAUGCAUCUCUCAGUUUGAUCAAUAUUGCAGAAGCUAGUCUGAAAGCGUUUCUUGUGAAGCAGCUUAAAAUAAUCCAGGGUGGUAAUCUAGUCGCGAGCUCCAACAGACCAUUGACUAAUUCGCUAAUAUGUUUGAGCAACAAGUUGGAAACUGUAGUCAGUUCUGCAUUCUCAUCGGUUUCAGCCGAGGUUAGACGAUGAGCUUACUUGUAUUAUUUGGAAAGGAUAACCUCAAGUUCAGACUUUUGGAUCAUAUAGAAUCAAAUAAUUUGUGGAGUGUGUUCAUUUAUUUCAUAAUAUACUGUCUUUGUCUC